AUGAAAAAACUGCACGAUACCGAUACUACCUUUCGUCAUAUUCCAACAGAAUACGACAGCUGUGGCCUAGGACGGGAUGAUCCUGUUUGGUUACGAUAUAUCACUGAAUCCAAUAAGUGGGAUGCGCAGUUGGUUGAGGGUUGGAAUAACUUCUUGAUGGAAGGAUGUAAGCGCUUGCAGAAAGACCAUCAGGAAACUAUUGCAGCCGGAAUACCGAUCAUUGUCAAUCUUCUGCAGGCCAUUGCUACAAAUCAGCCCCCUUCCAUGGAAUUGAAUGCGACAUUGCCUUUGAACGAUUUUAAGCCCAAAAAAGCUGAUAUCAUAAUUAACGCUAUGUUAGUGAAGCAAUGGGGAGAAGGCUAUCGGCACGGUCAUGAUUUAUCUACGCCAUGUGUACAAGCACGGGUCCGUCAAGCCCGGUACGACGAACUAAAACGCUGGAGGACAGAAGAUGUUGCUUUGGCUUUACCAGUAUUGAUGCAUACCGCACUUGCUGACGAACACAGCCCAGUCCAAUCGCUACCAUGUCAUCAGAAGGAGAAGAACCGCUCCGAAACAACCAAACCAGAUGAUCUCACAGCUCGAGCACUGGAAUGGUUGAUAGGGCACUCACAAAACAAAACUUCCAUUGACAUUGCUAUUCGGGCCAUUUCGGACCCCUCGCUAGACACAAAGCUCUGCAAGUACCUGGGGAAGGCCUUGCUUAUUAGGCUUGUUGCCCAAAAAUUCACCGCUAUCUUCAACGGAGCCCUGGAAGAGGGCGAAUGCGAUCCUAGCACUAUUAUCAUCCACGAUGCUCAAUUAAAAAAGGCAGCGUUGUAUGGGCAGGCGUUAACAAAUAUAACCAAACAUAUUUCCAUACAGACAAUUUCUCAGGAUGUUUUAAAAGGCUCCGCAGCACGACAUCACGUAGAUUCGGAGAGAAACUCGAUUGCGUUAAACAAGGAUCAAGUAAUCGCAGUUGAACGUGGACUUUUUUCAAUUGCUUUAAGCGAAAAUCCAGCCACAGCCAGUUCUGGAGUCACUUGUUUGUCGGCAUGGUACACCUCUACAAACCGCUCAUCUCAGAGCCGAGAGAAGUGGAAGUCGAUGUUGGCCCAGUUGAUUUCAAUUCUUUCGAAAACCAGGCAGCCUGGACGCAAUUGCCCCGAGCCCAUCUCAAUAGCUACAAAUCAAGCAGAGCCAGAAGGAACAGCCCAAAAAGGCAAAGAAAAAGAAGAAAAUAAGGGUGUUACGGACUUAACUAUGACCUUAGGAGCUGGUAUGAUUGAUCGUACCGUAAACGCUCUUCUCUUUGAGUUGGCAUACUGGCGGUGGGACUUGAGCAAACAGGAGAAAGGAGAAAUAUUUCAUCCUCUGCUGGGGCUCUUCUCCUCGUCUCUUCUCGACGGUUCAUCUCGGCCAGGAAUGUCUGCUGUCCUAGCUGUCAUGGGAAUUCUGUUUUCCGAAAAUCAAGAGUUCCUGGACGACAAACAUACAACCACAGAAGAGCACUGGGUCUCUGCUUCUGAUUACAUCUCAGAUACCAAUCUUGAGAUAGAUAACACUAACCAGGACAUAUCCAAGGAAGCCGGCUCGGGUCUAAUCCAUGCCCCAAAUGUUAAGAGGCGCUCUCUCAUAGCGCAAAAAAUGGCUCGCAUAAUAUCCAAUAAUCCUGACUACCUGCUUAAAUAUGCUGAUAGUUUACUCUUAAUUGGUCUAUCUGGGCUACUUGAUUCAAUCUCGGUCUUAGGACUGGGAAGCUUGACUCACCAGAUUGUCAAAAUUGUUACAAUCCAGCUAAACAGCAUGCCCGUUAUCUUUCAUUCUGGCCCCGUAUUGCUCCCCCACAUUCUCCCACCGACAACAGACCUUCGUUCACUUAUGGCAGAUGCCGUUACUCGAUGUCUGAGCCCAUCACCCUUUCAGGGCCCGUUGCAUCCUUUCCAAGAUGAAGACAAAGCACUAUUGCUGGAAUGUAUCUGGGACAAGAGCUAUUUAUUGUCGGAAUUUGGGCACCAGUUACUCACACCUAUCCUACAACUUCUCGAUCUGACUAGCACUCCACAGCUUAGUGGGCAAUGCCUAAACGCGUUGAACGAAUAUUUCUUCACAAAUACAAACCCUAAACACGAUGGCAUGAACACAAGGACGUACCGUGAUCCAGUGCCUGUAGACUGGGUGUUCUUUUUAUCUCUUAAUCUCCCGCUUAAACUAGCGGAGAUCAUGAAAGAAAGCGAAGAUCUCCGCUCAAAAGCUAUCGCGACCUUUGAUCAUUUCAUGCAGAUAAUACCAAGCACUUCCGAUUACCAGGGUAGCAAAUAUGCACAAGACAACCCAGGCAACCGGAUAUCCGAAGUUCUAAUUCAAAUGACAAGAUAUGGUACCCUUGGCGCAUUUGCCAAAGGGAUCCUGCACCGACGCGAGCGCCAGGAUCAGAAAAUGUGGAGGAGACUGCUCAUUGAUCUCCCUGAGUGGUUGAGUCGUGAAGGAGGCUCUGAUAACAGUCUAUUGGUGACCAAUUUACGCCAGUUUUGUUCCGAAAACUUUGAGGACCCGGUAUUGACGACGUUGGCAUUUGGACUGAACAAUGAAUUAGAUAAGAAGUUCACCGACCAGAGCCCAAGUUCAUCUUGA